AUGAGCAUCUACAGCUUCCUCAUUGCAGUGCGCUCGGAUGGCCAACAGCUCAUGAACGAAAGCGGCGAGACUACUUCUCACAUAAUGGGCAUGUUCUACCGCACUCUACGAAUGGUCGACAACGGCAUCAAACCUCUUUACGUGUUUGACGGUGCUCCUCCGAAAAUGAAGAGUGGUGAGCUCGCCAAGCGAACAGCGCGGAAGCGGGAAGCACACGAGGCCCACGAGGAGGCCAAGGAAACCGGAACUGCAGAAGACAUGGAGAAGUUCUCGCGGCGAACUGUUCGCGUCACUAGGGAGCACAACGACGAGUGCAAAAAGCUGCUGAAGCUGAUGGGUGUGCCUUAUAUCGAAGCACCCACCGAGGCGGAAGCUCAGUGUGCGGUUCUGGCGCGUGCCGGCAAGGUCUACGCUGCAGCCUCGGAGGAUAUGGAUACUCUCUGUUUUGAGUCGCCCAUUCUGCUUCGCCACCUUACUUUCAGUGAGCAGAGGAAGGAGCCGAUUCAGGAAAUCCACUUGGACAAGGCUCUAGAGGGUCUUGACAUGGAGCGCAGUCAGUUCAUCGAUCUGUGCAUUCUCCUUGGUUGCGAUUAUGUUGAGCCCAUUCCCAAGGUCGGGCAUCAAACAGCGCUGAAGCUAAUCCGCGAGCACGGGACACUGGAAAAAGUGGUUGAAUACAUGGAGAAUGAUCCCAAAAAGAAAUACACGAUCCCCGAGGACUGGCCAUACAAGGAAGCCCGAGAGCUGUUCUUCAACCCGGACGUGAGAGAUGCCAGCGACCCAGCAUGCGACUUCAAAUGGGAGAAUCCCGAUAUUGAUGGGUUAAUUGAUUUUCUGGUCAAGGAAAAGGGCUUCAGCGAAGACCGGGUGCGCAACGCGGCGGCGCGCCUGCAGAAGAACCUAAAGACGGCGCAACAGGCUCGUCUAGAAGGGUUUUUCAAACCCGUGGCCAAGACGGACGCAGAAAAGGCCAGCCUGAAGCGCAAGCAUGAAGUGAAAAUUGAAGAGCAAAAAAAGCGCAAGAAGGAAGAUCAGAAAGCGAAGAAGGAAGCCAAGGCGCGACCCCGCGGGGCCGUUUGA